AGAUAAGAUAAGAUAUGAAAAGAUUACAGCCAAGAUGACUCCGUAGACACCGCCAUUCCGGCAGUAUCUGUGGCUCAGUGUGACGCCUCUUGUGUAAAUUCUGCUUUCACAUCUCUGCCGCCCAAGAUGAGCAUGAGCAAGGCACCGGCGCCGCCCCCUGCGAGUGAGAUUACCAAGGAAAUGCGCAAGUUGUCGUUCGAGGACAAGGAAUCACGGAAUAACAAGGACGUCAAGCAGCAGCCGCAGGAGCAGCCGGCGGCCCUGCCUCUCCCGCAGGAGUUCGUGGUUAAGUACCUCGGUCGUCGCGACGCUGGAGGUCUCUGGGGCAUUAAGCACACCCGCAAGCCCGUAGACGACAUGGUGGCGCGCGCGAAGGAGAUGAAGCCCGGGGAGACUCUGCCCUUCCUGAAGAUGACGGUGAGCGAGAAGGGCGUCAACAUCUCCGAGAUGCCCCAGAACGUCAACAAGAACUUCGAGGGAGGCUUCUACAACAUCGAUGUGAUCAGCUACGGCGUGCAGGACCUCGUGUACACGCGGGUGUUUGCCAUGAUCGUGGUGAAGGAGGAGGCAGCCAGCAUCGCCAAGUCGCAGCACCCUUUCCAGUGUCACGCCUUCGUCUGCGAUUCUCGCCAUAACGCCCGCAAGCUUACCUUCGCCCUCGCCCAGGCCUUCCAGCAGUUCUCGAAGGAGGUGAAGGCCAACAAGUCCACUCGGAAACCCAAGAAGUUUGCGAUCGAUCUCCGGUCUCCCGAAGAGAUCGAGGUCGACCUCAAGGAAGCUGAUUCCGAGGCUUAGACGCGGCUGGGACCUUCGAGUGUCGGAUGGAGGGUGAGCUGGAAGAUGAAGAGGAAGGAUGGAAGAAAAGAAGAAGAAAGGGAAAAAAGAGAUUAAAAAAAGAAGGAAAAAAGAGAUUAAAAAAAGAGUGAAGAGAAAAGAAGUGAAUUGGUGUCUUGAGUGAUGAAAAUAAUUGGGAAAAAAAACAGAUUAUUUUACCGGGUUUUUCUUAGUGAUGAAAAAAAAUCCAAGAAAUGCCGAUGAAAGAGGAACAGAAAUAGAAGGAAGAAAAAUCACUGUUGGAAUAACCAGUAUCCUAGACUUGAUAAUUUCGUGAAACAAAGAAAAUGAAAGAACAAAUAAGAAAAGAGAGAGAGAGAGAGAGAAAUAAUAAAGUGAUCAAAUUAAGUUGGAAAUUCAGGUCAGUGUUAUGGCCUGAGCUGAUAAAUGCAACAGAUAAUCUCUUAUCGUGUCACGUGACUUAGAUAAAAGAAAGAGAACCAAUUUUCUGGAUACGUUUAAGCCAAAGUUUUAGAAUGAGAUAGUUUUCCGAUUUUAGUUUUUAAAAAUCGCUUAAAACUCAUUUCAUCAAAGGAAUUAUAAUAUUAACAAAUAUAAACAAACUGAUAUCUCGAAGUAGUGAAGUCCAUUUGAAAAAAAAUAUAAAAGAUUAUGAAAAAAAGCUAUUUUAAUAUUCAGAACUCAGAACAUCAUAGAUAAGACACACUAAUGCUUUAUAUAUGUAUCAGAUGAUCCUAUCAGACUAAUAGAACAAUUAAUUAACCCUCCAACGCAGCAAAAAAAA